AUGGUACACAUGGUGCCAUGUGGCUCCUUGGUGUUAGCUCGAUGGAACCUCGUGACAUCGGCACAUGAUAGAGCACGUUCCAAUCCCAUUCACUGGAUGAGCAACGUCACAACUGCUCUGAACUUUUUAAGGAGUAAAUCGAUAAAGUUGGUGAACAUUAAUGUCCCGGACAUUGUGGAUGGGAAUCCUACCGUCAUCUUGGGGCUGAUUUGGUCCAUUAUAUUAUAUUUUCAGGUUGAGAAACUUGCCAGUGGACUCACAUCGAGACAAACCCCCAUGGAGCCUUCACCUGCUUUGAAUUCCUCACCAGCAGCAUUAUCUCCACAGAGAGAGGAAACCCUGAUCCAUGCAGGACAGAAAAAGUCAGCAGAAACAACUUUACUGCACUGGGUUCAGGAAAAGACAGAGGACCUGGGAUUCGUUAUCCGAGAUUUCAGCACCAGUUGGAGAAGUGGUCUGGCGUUUGUUGCCAUUAUUAACGCUCUGCGGCCCGGCCUGCUGGAUCUGGCGGAGCUCAAGCAGAGGUCAGACACGGAGAACCUGGAAAUGGUUUUCAGGGUUGCAGAGCAGGAGCUGAAAAUCCCCAGACUGCUGGAAGCACAGGAUAUUGCUGUCAGCAAUCCUGAUGAGAAGUCAAUAAUAACGUACAUCUCACAGUUCCUGCAGUAUUCUAAGGAACACGCAGCAGCUGAGGAUACAAAGAAGCAGACAGAGUCUCCAUGUUUGGUGAGCAGUGACGUGCUGUGUGCCGAGCCAGCCCAGGUGGGUGAGCACACGGUGUCAAAAGCUGAUGUCAAACGGGACUUUGAAGAAUCGAAGAGAAAGAUAGAAGCGUGCAUUGAAGGGGCCAUGCAGUUCCUCGAGGACAGAGGGUCCCCAGAGGAACUCAUUGUGAAGCACCAGGAAACAAUCAGGAGCUUUGAUUCUGGAAUCAUUGAACAUUUUCUUGAAGCAACAGAUAAAAUCAAAAUGAUUUUAACCCCUCAGAAGAAGCGGAUUAUUGAGGAAAUGCGGGCAGAACUCUGCCGAAACUGGGAGAAGGUGCAGUCAUUGGUGGAUGCGCAUCUUCAUCGGAUGAAGUUUGAGGUGGAGCAGAAUAAAUUCAAUGCGGCUCUUCAGGAGAGUGAGAUCCAUCAGGGAAUGGACAGCUCCCACGUGCAGUCCCUUCUCACAGGGGACCAGGUGGGCAGUGACGUGCUGUGUGCCGAGCCAGCCCAGGUGGGUGAGCACACGGUGUCAGAAGCUGAUGUCAAACGGGACUUUGAAGAAUCGAAGAGAAAGAUAGAAGCGUGCAUUGAAGGGGCCAUGCAGUUCCUCGAGGACAGAGGGUCCCCAGAGGAACUCAUUGUGAAGCACCAGGAAACAAUCAGGAGCUUUGAUUCUGGAAUCAUUGAACAUUUUCUUGAAGCAACAGAUAAAAUCAAAAUGAUUUUAACCCCUCAGAAGAAGCGGAUUGUUGAGGAAAUGCGGGCAGAGCUCUGCCGAAACUGGGAGAAGGUGCAGUCAUUGGUGGAUGCACAUCUUCAUCGGAUGAAGUUUGAGGUGGAGCAGAAUAAAUUCAAUGCGGCUCUUCAGGAGAGUGAGAUCCAUCAGGGAAUGGACAGCUCCCACGGGCAGUCCCUUCUCGCAGGGGACCAGGUGGGCAGUGACGUGCUGUGUGCCGAGCCAGCCCAGGUGGGUGAGCACACGGUGUCAGAAGCUGAUGUCAAACGGGACUUUGAAGAAUCGAAGAGAAAGAUAGAAGCGUGCAUUGAAGGGGCCAUGCAGUUCCUCGAGGACAGAGGGUCCCCAGAGAAACUCAUUGUGAAGCACCAGGAAACAAUCAGGAGCUUUGAUUCUGGAAUCAUUGAACAUUUUCUUGAAGCAACAGAUAAAAUCAAAAUGAUUUUAACCCCUCAGAAGAAGCGGAUUAUUGAGGAAAUGCGGGCAGAACUCUGCCGAAACUGGGAGAAGGUGCAGUCAUUGGUGGAUGCGCAUCUUCAUCGGAUGAAGUUUGAGGUGGAGCAGAAUAAAUUCAAUGCGGCUCUUCAGGAGAGUGAGAUCCAUCAGGGAAUGGACAGCUCCCACAGGCAGUCCCUUCUCGCAGGGGACCAGGUGGGCAGUGACGUGCUGUGUGCCGAGCCAGCCCAGGUGGGUGAGCACACGGUGUCAGAAGCUGAUGUCAAACGGGACUUUGAAGAAUCGAAGAGAAAGAUAGAAGCGUGCAUUGAAGGGGCCAUGCAGUUCCUCGAGGACAGAGGGUCCCCAGAGAAACUCAUUGUGAAGCACCAGGAAACAAUCAGGAGCUUUGAUUCUGGAAUCAUUGAACAUUUUCUUGAAGCAACAGAUAAAAUCAAAAUGAUUUUAACCCCUCAGAAGAAGCGGAUUAUUGAGGAAAUGCGGGCAGAACUCUGCCGAAACUGGGAGAAGGUGCAGUCAUUGGUGGAUGCACAUCUUCAUCGGAUGAAGUUUGAGGUGGAGCAGAAUAAAUUCAAUGCAUCUCUUCAGGAGAGUGAGAUCCAUCAGGGAAUGGACAGCUCCCACGGGCAGUCCCUUCUCGCAGGGCACCAGAUGUUCUUUUCCAAAGGCAGCAGUUUGACCCGAGCCCAACAACACCUUGCAGCGAUGAGAGAGCUCUGUGAUGGCAAUGUUGAUGCUGAAAUAAAGGCCACCCUGCAGUCCUGUGAGGAUCGUAAGACUGACCUGGAGCAACGGCUCAUCAAGUGUUUUUCCUGGUUCCAGGACCCAGUCAGCUCACCACAGACAGGGGAAUUGAAGAGUGAGUGUCAAAGUGAAGUGGAUCUGACUGAGGCUGCAACAAGGAAGGCACCAUCUGGAUGGACAAAAAGACGAACAGAACAGGCUGAUGAUCCAGGGGGUGAGAAUUCAGCUCAACCUGUGACCAAAGUAGGCCAGGCCUCCACACAACUUGGAGCGGCAGAACCCAACAGAAACAUUCUGGUUGAUAUUGAAGCAAGUGAAAUUCCUGGACCAUGGACGGAGUGGAUUAGAAUUGAUGACCUGGGCAGAGAAAGCCAAACUCAAUCUGUCCAAGAGACUCAGAGUAGGAAACUCCAGGGUGACUGGUUACAAAGAGGGGACUGUCAGCAAUCAGUGACACACUGUCUGACGGAUGGGGAGCCUCCUGCUACUGUGAAGGGAGAACGUUCUGGUCAGCGUUACUCCAUGUCUCAGAGAGGGGACACUGAGGCUCCUAGCUUGAACUUUACUCAAUUGCAAAUGCAGUCUUCGAGUGGUGAGGAUCAGGUCCCUGCCCAGGCAAUGGGCAGUCAUACUGACUUAGUGGCAAUUUCUUCCAGAAGUCAAGGUCUUGCCGAAGAUUCUGGCCAACUGGCCAAAUAUCUCCUGAUGGGAAAAUGUGAGAUGGAAAUGUUCCCAAACGUGGACAUCACUCACUUGGGGGAAGAUCCACUGAGUGGGCAAGGCCAAGGGGAGGCCACACACAGAGAUGGGUCAGCAUUUCCCAGUAAGCAGCAUCAGGGUCGCCUCCAAACAGGUGACAGCUUGGCUCAGUCACAGAAAGAGAAGACAGGGCCGAAAGCCUUGGACACAGCUCGAACAGAGAAACAUGCUCAAGCGACACUCAUGGCUCUCAGUAAGGAACAGCAGGCUGCACAUCGAGGAACAAAGGCAAUUGCUGAGUUCAGCAAAGGGUUUCUCACUGAACAGCUCAGUUUGACAGGAAGAGAUCAGGGUGAAGACAUCCCUGCAUGUGUGGAAGUGUCUCUGAGUGAAGAGGAACAACUUGACAAACCAACAGCACAGGCCACUGUGGAAUGGCCAGUAGCAGUUCAGGACCAAUCAGAUGUGAGUGACACUCAAGAGAGUUUAUUUGGUAGAAAACAGGGUGAAAGCCUCACAUUGUGUGACAAAGACUCGCUGAUUGGAGCAGAUCAGACAGAUCCCUGCGCAAUGAAAAGUUCAGUAAACCUCAAUGGAGCGAUUCAGAGGGGGCAAGAGCAGACAGGAGAGUAUCAUAUUGAAGGAAACCAAACUCUAAUGAGAGAGUUACCUACUCAUGACAACCCAGAAUUUGUGUUUGACCAAGAGCAGACAAUCACUGCAGCAACAGAAAGUACUGUUCAACUUCCAAAAGAGUAUUCCAGUGGAAUAGACCAGGCUUAUGGCCUACUUGAGGAUGGCAGUCAGAAAUCACCAACAGUGUCUGUGAGUGAAAGGGAGCUGACCGGAAAUCAAUCAAGACAAGAUCCCACCCAAUUAUCAACAUCAUCUCCAGUUAGAACAGACAGAUGUGACCAUCCAACAAUGGCAGGUUCUGGUCAGGUGUCAGAACUGGCCCUCAGUGGAGACAUUAAGGUUUGUGACCUCCCAGGAGAGGAUUCUGGGCAGUUACCCCCAGACUCUGUCAGUGAAGAAGGAACCGAUGCUGACCUGACAGCAGAGGAUUUUGCUCAGUCUGGAAAAGAGUGUGUGAUGGAGAAAGAGCUGAAUAUCCUUGAAUCAGAGAAGAUUUCUCAUUCAGGGACAGAGCUUCAUUCUGGGAAAGUGCAGAUACUGGGGCUACCUGGAGUGGGCUCUCCAAAAUGUCAGAGGGAGAGAGAACAUGUCGAUAGGACAACCACAGGAUCUUCUGCUCCUUUGAUGACAAUGAGUCUGAGUGGACAAUUCCAGGCUGAUGCUACAGUCAUGGAGGAUCCAGCAGCAGUGUCAGGCAAGGAUCUGAGUGAGAGAGAUAAGGCUGAUGGCCUAGUGAGUGAUGUCUCUCCUGGGGCAGUGACAGAGCCACUGCCUGGGAAGAAACAAAUUGAGAAUGCAAUAACUCAGGAUGUUGUACGUUUAGUGAGAGCAUCUGAGGGCCAACAUGAGGAGAUCCGAGAAAGUAUGACCAGUGGAAAUUGGGGUGAUGAUCUUACUCUGUCAGUAGAGGAGAUUCUGAUUAGAGCAGAUCAGACUGACCCCUGCAGAAUGAAAGAUUCGGUGAACUGGGAAGGAUCGAUACAGGGGGAGCAUGAACUGACCGGAGGCUGUUGGGGAAAGGUAUCUGCUCCUCCCAAAAUAGGAGCAAUGGCUGUUCAAGAUGAGGCAUAUGGCUUCCCGAGCGAUGAUACUGACCGAUUACCCAUCAGCUUUUCCUCAGUUAGUCGAAGUGUCUCAGAGUGA